AUCACUUCCGAAAAGCUAAAUGGAAAGAAUUAUAUGUCUUGGUCUGCUGCUGUAGAAAUGUGGUUCCUUGGUCAAGGACGUUAUGACCACCUUGAGCAGGAUGGGAGUCAAGUACCUUCUGACAUAGCUGAACAAUGGAAACAAGCUGAUUUUCAAUUGUGUGCCCUCUUGUGGCAAUCUGUGGAACCCCGACUUUUGAUAUCUCUUAGAGCCUUCAAGACAUGUCACACUUUUUGGAAGAAAGCUCAAAGCAUUUAUGCUAAUGAUAUUCAACGUCUCUAUGAUACCGCAAACAAGCUCGCCUGUCUCAAAAUGACAGACCAUGAUAUGGUCUCCUUCAUGACUGAAGCCCAAGCAGCUGUGGAAGAAUUGAGAAUGUUCUUGGAAGUGGAAUCUUCGGAAGAUAUCAAAAAGAAGCUUGACAAGUAUUAUAUGGUGAUGAUCCUCCGUGCUUUGCAUCCAGAUUUGAAUCACAUCAGAGAUCAACUUCUGACAAGUCAUGAAGUCCCUUCUAUGGAAGCCUUAACCACACGUCUUCUUCGUGUUCCUGUGCCUCAGUCUCAGGAAGCUCAUGAAACAAUAGCACCAUCUCUCAUGGUUGCCACGCGAGGAAGAGGAGGACGUGGAACUAGAGGAGGAGGACGUGGAGGUCGGGGAAAUCAACAGUGCUCUUACUGUAAGAGGAUGGGUCACAUCCGAGAAAACUGCUACUCCUUGCAUGGCUUUCCUUCAAAAACUGCCAAUAUAUCUCAGGCUGAAACUUCCACUUCCAACUCCAAGUUUACUGAGGAAGAGUAUCAAGAGUAUCUGCGCUUAAAGUCUAACAGCUUGGCACAAUCAUCUCAGUCCUCAAGUACGUCCACAGCUUGCAUUUCUCAAUCCAUGGCAGGUCCAAAUUCAUGGGUAAUUGACUCGGGUGCUUCUGAUCACAUUUCUGGAGCGUGGCUCGGGGAGACAGAUUGGAGAAGGAUAUGAAGCUGGAGGUUUAUACCAUUUUGGAUUUCGUCCACGGGUAUCUUGUGUUGCUGCUCUUCCCCCUAAAGUGUUACAUGAUCGGUUUGGCCAUCCUAACUUG